AUGUCGCUGGAAGGAGCAUUGGAGGAAGAACGUCAAUUAAUUGCGCAAAUUUUAGAGCGCCAGAAAGCCGGAAAUUCCGGAACAAUGAGGGGCCGCGGAAGGGACACAUCCCCCGGUGCGCAGCGCGCACAUUCGAGGGGCCUGUCCAGUGUCAGGAGGUCCCUGAGUCGUUCCAGCUCAAAGGACCCUGACGCAAAAUAUGCAAUUACUGCACACGAUCCGUCCGAAAGACUGCGGUCGCCUUCUGGGUCACGGGUGAACGAAAGUGAGGACGAGCUGGAAGGUCUGGAUAAUGCUUCCAGCAGCGAUGAGGAGCAAAUAAGCGAUACAGACUCUGAAUUCGAAGUCGAUGACGGUGGUAAAGUACUUCCGAACUAUGCGUCCUAUUCACCUGAUGAAGUGCUGGAUGAUAAACACAGUUUUGGUCGCAAGAUGACGUCCAAAGACGAGUUGAGCAAGAUCAAUAACCGCAAGCUCGUGAAAGAUGCCAUUCAGGCCGAGAAGCUUGACGAGCUGCUGGCAGCGGAACGGGCUUUGGCUAACGCCAAAUCCAUUGGGCGCCAGGUCCCUCAUGAGUUUCUGGAAAAGAUCGAGGAGGAUGCCAAGAAGGUUGGUACGCACAUCCACUAUGACCCAGAAAAAUUCUACCAGGACAACACGGGACGCAAAGAGAAAUUGCAGGAGUAUGCCAUCUACAAGAAGAAGCUCGUCUCGCCCGAAUUUUUUUCUGCUACAGACGGCUUUUCGGUGCCUUACACAAGCGAUGUGGAGGAAAAAGCCGACACAGAGUUGGCUCGCACCCUGAAUGAGCAUGUGGUUGUGUCAGAGAUCGAAUCCAUCCUCAGUAACCAAAUGGCUAUUCGAACCAUCACGAGAGGAAAAUUCUUUGAACUCUCCAGAAAGGACGGCAGAGAGGCUCCUCAAAUGUUUGUGUUGUGCAUGGACUUUUCUGAGGAAUCGAAAUACGCUUUGGAAUGGUGUAUCGGCACCGUCCUGGUGGAUGGGUCUGUGCUAUACAUUUUAAAUGUGAUUGAGGAUGAUGAUUAUUCGUCAAUGAAUCUAAACGGUAUCCAACCUAACGGUCCACACCAAUCUGAGACCAAGGAAGAGAAGCUGUCGAAAGCUGCUCGGGAAAAGCUACGCAUCCAGAACGUUGAGGAAAUCACGCGCGAGACGCUAGAUUUGCUCAAACUCACCAAAUUGCAAGUCCACAUUGUGAUCGAGUCGUGCCACCACCCAAUCCCACGCCAUUUCAUGGUGGAAGUUAUAAAACAUAUCUCGCCAACACUGGUAAUCGUCGGCUCCCGCGGCACCUCGGCCAUAAAGGGAGUGCUACUGGGGUCGCUUUCGAACCAUCUGGUGCGCAAGAGCACAGUGCCAGUCAUGGUGGUCAAGAACAAGCUGAAAAAGCUUACCAAAAAAGGGAAACAGUUCAGCAACAACAUUUCGACGCUACACAGUCUUGCCGAGGCCAAGGUCGACUGA